AUGGAUCACUCGAGAGAUCCCUGCCCAUGGGUCGCGCUGAGCGACUUCGGUGGUGCUUUCUGCAUGGGUGCUAUCGGUGGUGCUGUCUGGCACGGUGUCAAAGGUUUCCGUAACAGCCCCUACGGUGAGCGCCGGAUAGGUGCUCUCACAGCCAUCAAGGCACGCGCCCCCGUUCUCGGCGGUAACUUCGGUGUCUGGGGUGGUCUCUUCUCAACCUUCGACUGUGCCAUCAAGGGCAUCCGCAAGAAGGAAGAUCCUUACAACGCCAUUAUCGCCGGUUUCUUCACUGGUGGUUCCCUCGCUGUCCGUGGCGGUGUCAAGGCUGCCCGUAACUCCGCCAUUAUGUGUGCCGUCUUCCUGGCCGUCAUCGAAGGUGUCGGUAUCGGAUUCCAGCGUAUGAUGGCCGAUAACACAAAACUCGAGCUUCCUCCUCCUCCUCCCUCUGAGCAAAAGGCUCUUGCUUAA